AUGGCGGGGCAGAAUCCAAACAUGGAUCAAUUCGAGGCGUACUUCAAGAGAGCAGAUUUGGACGGAGAUGGUCGGAUCAGUGGAGCCGAAGCUGUUGGCUUUUUCCAAGGAUCUGGCUUGCCCAAGCAAGUUCUCGCCCAGAUAUGGUCGCUUUCUGAUAGGUCACGCAGUGGUUUCCUUGGCCGGCAAGACUUUUAUAAUUCUCUGAGGCUUGUUACAGUUGCACAGAGCAAGAGAGACCUGACACCUGAGAUUGUUAAUGCAGCACUCAAUACUCCUGCCGCUGCCAAAAUACCACCUCCCAAAAUUAAUCUCUCAGCUAUUCCUGCACCCCAACCUAAUCCUGCUGCUACAACAGCUGGUCCGGUUGCCUCAACAGGUCAUCAAAAUGUGGGGUUUAGAGGACCAGGGGCUCCAAAUGCGAAUGUCAACCAGAAUUAUUUUCCACCUCAACAAAACCAGCAAGUGAGACCAAAUCAAGGAAUAUCUGGGCUCACUUCAGUUAGACCAACUGGUGGUCCAGAAUAUAGACCAAGUGCCUUACCUGGUCAAUCUCAACCAGCUCCUGUCGGUAAUGUUACUCGUCCUCCUCAAGCUGCUGUUCCCACUAGUACACCUGGUAGUUCAGCGUUCAAUCUUAAUAAUUUGUAUGCUGGAAGUGGAAACACCAGCGGAUACUCAUCAGGCUUUGGAGGGGGCAGCUUAGCAGCACCAUCUCCUGGAUUAAGACCAGAAACACAAAUUGAUUCAAGAGCACUGGUUGUAUCUGGAAAUGGAGGUGACAUGUUUUCCUCCUUCCAGCCAAAACAAGAACCCACUUUGAGUAAUUCUUCAAUGAGUUCAGCUAUUGUACCUGCUUCUGUUGGAACCCAACCACCAGUUAAGCCUAAUGCUCUCGACUCCCUACAGAAUACGUUCUCAAUGCUGCCUGCGGGAAAUCAGCCUCAGCAACCAAGGCCAGCAGCAAGCUCACAGCAGCCAAGGCCAGCAUUUAGCUCACAGCCGCCUGCAGUGUCUUCUCAAGGUCCAUCCUCCGGUUUGCCACAUGCAAGUGCAGUGGGAUCUGGUCAUUCAGUUCCUGCUGGAAAUAAUCAGCCUCCGUGGCCGAAAAUGAAACCAUCCGAUGUUCAAAAGUACACAAAGGUAUUUAUGGGAGUUGAUAGUGACAGGGAUGGAAAAAUAACUGGUGAGCAGGCAAGGAAUCUGUUUUUAAGCUGGAGGCUACCCAGGGAGGUUUUGAAGCAUGUGUGGGAAUUAUCUGAUCAGGAUAAUGAUACUAUGCUUUCUCUGAGGGAGUUCUGCAUCUCAUUGUAUUUGAUGGAGCGGUAUAGAGAAGGCCGUCCUCUCCCAGCGUCACUUCCAAGCAGCAUCAUGUAUGAUGAAACACUGCUAUCUAUCUCAGGUGCACCUAGUCAGGGUUAUGGAAAUGCUGGAUGGGGACCUGGUUUUGGACAGCAGCCACUGAUGGGUCCGCGGCCAGUCACUCCGCCCACUGGUAUGAGACAACCAGUUCCUGGACCAGUCCCUCACCCUGGCAGUGGUGUAGCACCUAAUCAGCAAAGGAAUCAAGCGCCAGCUUUGGAUGAUCCUUUUGCCAGUCACCUAGGUAAUGGACAUUCCGUGAGCUCAAAUCUUCAAGAAACAGCAACUGAUGGGGAAAAGGUUGAAGAAAAGAAAAAUGUGUAUAUGGACUCCAGGGAGAAACUUGAAUAUUACCGAACAAAAAUGCAGGAUAUUGUCUUGUACAAAAGCAGGUGUGACAAUAGAUUAAAUGAGAUCUCUGAAAGGGCUUCCUCUGACAAGCGUGAGGCUGAAACGUUGGCAAAGAAGUACGAGGAGAAGUAUAAGCAGGUUGCAGAAUUAGGGUCAAAAUUAACUAUUGAAGAGGCCAGGUUCCGCGAGAUUGAGGGGAGGAAGAUGGAAUUGAGUCAAGCAAUUGUGAACAUGGAGCAAGGUGGCAGUGCUGAUGGUCUACUUCAGGUCCGGGCUGACAGAAUACAAUCAGAUCUAGAGGAGCUGAUGAAGGCUUUAACUGAACGCUGCAAGAAACAUGGGAUAGAGGUUAAGUCGAAGGCCCUUGUAGACCUCCCUUUUGGCUGGCAGCCUGGAAUUCAAGAAGGGGCAGCUCUUUGGGAUGAAGAAUGGGAUAAGUUUGAAGAUGAAGGAUUUGGCAAUGAGAUUACAUUUGACAAGUCAAAAGAGCAAAACUUGUCUGGUGAGAAGGAAAACGGUACGGUGGAUGAUGGUAAUGGACCACCUGAUUCACCGACCCAUUUGGAUGAGAAUUAUGGACCUUUUUCAGAAACCUCAGACCGCCACCAUGAGAGUGAAUAUGGGACUACUCGAAGUGAAGAUGAUUCAGGCAGAAGUCCUAGGGACAGUCCUGUCUCUAGGACUGGUACUGAGAUCCCUUCCCCAGAUUCUCAUGGAAAAAAUUCUGAAUUCUUUGAUGACUCGAAUUGGGCAAGUGCAUUUGACACUAACGAUGAUGUGGAUUCUGUCUGGGGUUUUGAUGCAUCAAAAAGCCAGGAUGGAGAUUACUUUGCAUCUGGUGGCGAUUUUGGUGGAGACUCAGUAAGAGCAGAUUCUCCAACUUCAAGAAGUUUCGGCGGUCAGAGAAAGAGUCCAUUUGGAUUUGAUGAUUCAGUUCCCAGCACUCCACUCUCCAGAUUCGGGAACUCCCCUCCUCGGUUCAGCGACGCAUCAGCAAGAGAUAGCAACUUUGAUAGCUUCUCCAGAUUUGACUCCUUCAACGCCAGUGAAGCUGGAGCAGGUUUUUCAUCCUCCCAGCCUGAAAGACUGUCGCGGUUUGAUUCCAUCAACAGCUCCAAGGACUUUGGUGGAGCUGCCUUCUCCAGGUUUGAUUCAAUCAACAGUAGCAGAGACUUUGGUGGUCCCUCGCUUUCAAGAUUCGACUCCAUGAAUAGCACAAAGGAUUUCAGUGGUAGCCAUGGAUACUCGUUUGAUGAUGCAGACCCGUUUGGUUCCACAGGUCCCUUCAAAGUCUCCUCUGAUGAUCAAAGCCCCAAGAAAAAGUCAGAUAACUGGAAUUCCUUCUAG